GAGGCGAGAGGCGCGAGGGUGACAGCCAGGGUGAGGCCAGGCAGGUGGACCGAGGUGGGCUCCUUUGCGCCAGAAAAGACCUGGGAGGGGAUGUGGCCCCAUAAAAUUCCUUGAUGAGGGUCAGCGCCCCGAAGAGAGAGACGGCCAGACACGGGCCGGAAGGAACGGAGCCCUAAAGGGACAGAGACCUGCCACACACGCAAACCCACGUGAGCAGAAGACGAGGCAAAGGUGUUAGAAAGUGAGGGGGAAGCCGGAAGUGACGGCAAGACGGCGAGGCGGGGAGGGGAGCCCCCGACCGCGAUCAGGACGCGUGGAGGGGGUUGUUACAGAGACGAGGUAGAGCCCGUGGUCUCACGGGCAGGGUCCGAGGACGGCCGCAGAGAAGGACAGAGUUAGGGAAGACAACAGAGGGGACCGCCUCGGAAGUGGCAUCACACCCAGGGGUCGUCAGGGGCAAAGGGGCGAGUCGCACAGACAGCGGAGAAAGCUGUAGAGGUGUUGGAGACGGAGCCAGAUCAGAGGCCGAGAGGGGAACGGAGACAAGACCCCCGGGGAGGGGGUCUGCACAGAGACCAGGGAGCCUAAGAAAGAAGAGAGAGACCAAGAGGGCAGUAAUAGAGACAGAGAACGGUGUCAGGGAGAGAGAGAGAGAGGACAGUGACAGAAGGGACAAAGACCAAAGGGACAGUGAUGGAGAGGGAAGAGAUAAGGGGGACAGUGGCAGAUAUGGAGAAGGUGACAAUCAUAGAGACAGGGAAGACACAUGCAGGCGACAGAGACAGAGGACAGCGACCGAGAGAGAGAGAGAGAGAGAGAGAGAGAGAGAGAAGACAGAGAUAACAGACAGAAGUAAUAUAGGGAGAAGUGACAAAAAUAGAGAAGGCGCCGGAGCCAAAGUUGGAGGCCACAGUGACAGAGGCAAAGAGAGAACAGCUGCAGGCAGAGGGGGCAGAGAUACAGACAACAACGCUGGAGAUACAGGAAACAAUCUUAGAUAAGGCGCACACCAGUACACGGAGGGGACAGAGAGAAAACGGAAAGUGGCCGAGUAAUAGAGGGAACAGAACGGAGGUGACAGAGACAGAGCUGGAGGCUUCGGAGGCAGGGAGGGGCCCAUGACGGAAAUCGAGGAAAUGGAAGCAGAGUGGGGGGCAGCGUUGGAGGAUUCAGAAUGGGAGGGGACAGGGCCGGAGGAGUCAGAGACAGAGGAGACCGAGGGAACCGCAGCCGUGCACAAACGCAGAGAGCAUAGCGAUAGCGGUGACAAUACCACGGUGCGAGUAACAAAGCACACUCCAUGACACUGUGACAGAUGAAGAAACAGAGGCAGAAAGGAUGGUGACAGAGGGACCGUGACAAAGGGGGUGGAGACAAGAACAGAGCGUAGAAACAUGAAAGGUAUAGAGACCAGGAAGGGGAGCGGGGCAGAGCAAGGGAUUGGUGACCCAGAAGAAGGGCGGCCUGGCAGGCAUCCUGGAGAUGAAGCUAGGGAGUCGGGCUGCGGGCAGAGUCCGGAAAGAAACUGGCAUCACAUCUUACAGAGGAGGACAGAGGGAGAAGGAGAACAUGACCGAGGCACAACAGGGGACGACGGGGACAGCAAGACAGAGAGCAAGUCAUAGAGGUGAACAGAGAGUCCAGAGCAAAGAGGAAGAAAACAAGGGCCCAGUCACCUGAGACUCAGCGGGAGGGAAGGGCGACAGGCCGAAGCAAAGAGGGGUGGCGAAGCGAACAAAACAGCGGAGAGGGUGAAAGGGACACCGCAGCCCGUGGCUACCAACUGAGCGAGACUCACUCCCCGGCCCAGCACCUCAUCCUGGCAAGCACCGGAAACCAUGGAGCCUUGAGCUGUCUUCUCUAUGCCGCUUUGCCCCCCGGCGCCCACGCGGAGCAUGAACAUUGAGGAUGGCGUGCGCCCGCAGCUCCCCGUGCCCCCCACUGCCGCCCGGUAGGAUGUCCUGGCCCCAUGGGGCCCUGCUCUUCCUCUGGCUCUUCUCCCCACCCCUGGGGGCCGGCGGGGGCGGCGUGGCCAUGACAUUGGCCGCCGGAGGGGGCUCCCCGCCGGCCACCUCCUGCCCCGCGGCCUGCUCCUGCAGCAACCAGGCCAGCCGGGUGAUCUGCACGCGGAGAGAGCUGGCCGAGGUCCCCGCCAGCAUCCCUGUCAACACGCGGUACCUGAACCUGCAGGAGAAUGGCAUCCAGGUGAUCCGGACCGACACGUUCAAGCACCUGCGGCACCUGGAGAUCCUGCAGCUGAGCAAGAACCUGGUGCGCAAGAUCGAGGUGGGCGCCUUCAACGGGCUGCCCAGCCUCAACACGCUGGAGCUGUUCGACAACCGGCUCACGACGGUGCCCACGCAGGCCUUCGAGUACCUGUCCAAGCUGCGGGAGCUCUGGCUGCGCAACAACCCCAUCGAGAGCAUCCCCUCGUACGCCUUCAACCGCGUGCCCUCCCUGCGGCGCCUCGACCUGGGCGAGCUCAAGCGGCUGGAGUACAUCUCGGAGGCGGCCUUCGAGGGCCUGGUCAACCUGCGCUACCUCAACCUGGGCAUGUGCAAUCUCAAGGACAUCCCCAACCUGACGGCCCUGGUGCGCCUGGAGGAGCUCGAGCUGUCCGGCAACCGGCUGGACCUGAUCCGCCCGGGCUCCUUCCAGGGCCUCACCAGCCUGCGGAAGCUGUGGCUCAUGCACGCCCAGGUGGCCACCAUCGAGCGCAACGCCUUCGACGACCUCAAGUCGCUGGAGGAGCUCAACCUGUCCCACAACAACCUGAUGUCGCUGCCCCACGACCUCUUCACGCCCCUGCACCGCCUGGAGCGCGUCCACCUCAACCAUAACCCGUGGCACUGCAACUGCGACGUGCUGUGGCUGAGCUGGUGGCUCAAGGAGACGGUGCCCAGCAACACGACGUGCUGCGCCCGCUGCCACGCGCCCGCCGGCCUCAAGGGCCGCUACAUCGGCGAGCUGGACCAGUCGCACUUCACCUGCUACGCGCCCGUCAUCGUGGAGCCGCCCACGGACCUCAACGUCACCGAGGGCAUGGCCGCCGAGCUCAAGUGUCGCACGGGCACCUCCAUGACGUCCGUCAACUGGCUGACGCCCAACGGCACCCUCAUGACGCACGGCUCGUACCGCGUGCGCAUCUCCGUCCUGCACGACGGCACGCUCAACUUCACCAACGUCACCGUGCAGGACACGGGCCAGUACACGUGCAUGGUGACGAACUCGGCCGGCAACACCACGGCCUCGGCCACGCUCAACGUCUCGGCCGUCGACCCCGUGGCGGCCGGCGGUGCCGGCGGUGCCGGCGGCGGCGGCGGGGGCGGCCCGGGAGGCGGCGGCGGCGGCGGAGGGGGCGGGGGCGGCUACACCUACUUCACCACCGUGACCGUGGAGACCCUGGAGACGCAGCCCGGAGAGGAGACCCUGCAGCCGCGGGGGACGGAGAAGGAGCCGCCGGGGCCCACGACGGACGGCGUCUGGGGCGGGGGCCGGCCCGGGGACGCCGCUGGCCCGGCCUCGUCGUCCACCACGGCGCCCGCCCCUCGCUCCUCGCGGCCCACGGAGAAGGCGUUCACCGUGCCCAUCACGGACGUGACGGAGAACGCCCUCAAGGACCUGGACGACGUCAUGAAGACCACCAAGAUCAUCAUCGGCUGCUUCGUGGCCAUCACGUUCAUGGCCGCCGUGAUGCUCGUGGCCUUCUACAAGCUGCGGAAGCAGCACCAGCUCCACAAGCACCACGGGCCCACGCGCACCGUGGAGAUCAUCAACGUGGAGGACGAGCUGCCCGCGGCCUCGGCCGUGUCCGUGGCCGCCGCCGCCGCCGUGGCCGGGGGCGGGGGCGUCGGCGGGGACAGCCACCUGGCCCUGCCCGCCCUGGAGCGCGACCACCUGAACCACCACCACUACGUGGCGGCCGCCUUCAAGGCGCACUACAGCGGCAACCCCAGCGGCGGGGGCUGCGGGGGCAAGGGCCCCCCGGGGCUCAACUCCAUCCACGAACCUCUACUCUUCAAGAGCGGCUCCAAGGAGAAUGUGCAAGAGACGCAGAUCUGAAGCCGCCGGGCGGGGGCCCCCGGGCCCCGGGCCGGACUGGGACCCUCCCCGCGGCCCCGCCGCCGCCGCCGCCGCCGCCGCCGCUCUCGGACCGCGCAGGGAAGGUCGGGGAAGGAGGGCUCGAAGCCCCGCCCGCGUGCGGACCCCAGGGCGGCCCCCCCCCACCCCGGCGAGGACAGGGUGGGGCGCCGGGAACCGAGCCGCCUCCGCGAUUCUGGCCUCACCGCCCCCCCCCCCCAGCCCCGGCGAAGGGAGGGGAUGCAGGAUUCGGGAGAAGUGGCUGGAACCCUCCGCUUUCCCGCCUCGCUCUCUCUAGCGACCCCUCCCCGCCCUCCGCCUUCCAGGGGAGAGAGGAGGUUUCCGGGGAGGGGGGGCGUCCUUUGCCCUCCUCCCCGACAACCCUCCUUUUACGGUUCAUUUUUUGCAGUUUGACGCCUGUCCCCCUCCUCCCGCCCCUCCGCCCCCGAAACUGAAGAGACGGACGACGCGCGCGCGGUCAGAGCCUCCGGACACCCUGCCCGCCCUGCCCCCCACCUUCGCCCCCCCCCCCCCGCCCUCACCCGCCCCACAGACUCUUUUGAUACUGAAGGGAGGUUUGCGUCAAUGACUACCUGCUCUGUAAUUACUUUAAAAAAAAACACGGAAAAAGU